AUGCCCUCGAAAUUAUCAGCUGAUUGUCGGUUUGUUGACGUCUAGAUUUUCGGUCAUCAAAAUAAUCAUCAAAUUCAUGUUUAUCAAUUGUAACAUUCGCUAUUCGCACAAUCAAAUCAUCAACUGGGCUGUUUUACUGAAGCCCGAACAAUUUCCAAGCCACGGGAGUUGCUUGCCAUGAAAUCGCUUCCCUGGGAGUGAAAAAACCACUUGCAACAUGUUCAAACUUGAAUCCUACAUAACUCCCAUUAUUUUAAGCUAUGUGAAUCGGUACAUCAAUAACUUUAAGCCUGAAGAUUCGCAGGUAAGUCUUUGGGGUGGAGAUGCCACAUUUCACAAUUUGGAGCUGAACUUGGAAGUGCUUGAGCAAGAGCUGCAACUUCCAUUCAGCUUUGUUUCUGGAAGUAUCCGGGAACUUUCAAUACACGUUCCAUGGACAAAAAUCACCUCCGAACCCAUCAGAAUCACCAUCAACACCAUAGAAUGCAUUUUAAAUUUGAAAGGAAAGAGCACUAGGCAAACGCCGAACCAGAAAGGAAAGGAGAAAAUCACCGGGCAAAAUAAGAACGUUGAAGCCCCACCUGGUUACAUCCAGUCGCUGAUCAAUAAGAUCGUGAGCAACAUCAGCAUACAUUGCAACAAUUUAAUUUUGAAAUACGUGGAGGAGGAUAUUGUGCUGUCGAUGAACGUGAAGCUGCUCAAGUUUGAAAGCGCCAAUAAAUCAUGGGAACCCGCCUAUACUGAUCUUUCUCCAGCUCAAGUAAUCCUGCGGAAAGUAAUAAGCGUCAGCGACCUCACCCUUUGCCUGGAUAAGAGGAACGCAUCCGGAAAAAUCGAGAUCUAUCAGGAACCCAUGUUGUACAGAUGUUCCAUGACGAUUCACCUGUUAAGGCACUACCAUUCCGCUACAGCCAAUGUGGCCUCAACCACGAGGUUGGAUGUUUAUUGCAACAACAUGGAAUUCAGCAUGACCGAGCAACAAGUCCCCAUGCUGAUCCGCCUGCUUACCCUCCUUUAUGCGCUUCAACAGAAGCAUUUGAAGCCUGAAGUGGAACACAAUGCAGAUGGCGCCGGGAGUUCAACCGAUAACAGUGGCGAGUCUCUAGAAGCAGGAGCCACUUGGACUGGCUGGGCUUGGAGUUACGUUUCCUCCGUAUUGCCUGCGCCUUGGGAGGACGAGUGGGACCAGGAAGACAUGGAAAGCCCCAGAGGGCACACCCUACACGUUGGGCUCUAUGUGGAUCGAGCCUCAAUCACUUUCAAGGUGUCCGAAUCCAACCAAGAGCAUGGUUAUUACUCGCUUAAGAAGCUCUGGUACCACCCGAUGCUCACUUUACAUCUAGAAGGAAUCUACAGCGAUACUCUAAUAAGCGGACUGCAGUGGUUUAAUUGCACCGGCGGCAUUAGCAAGGCGACGCUCAUGCCUGCUGGCUACUGCAGCUGCGGCAAUGUGGAAGUUAACGAGAGCACAGCGCCGUAUUUGAAGCUAGGUUCGGCUUCGAAUUUCCAUAAAGUGGACUCGCUGUUUGAUGCGGAUGCAGUUGAGAACAAAGGAGGCAAGCGAGUGUAUGAAACCUCAUGGGAUCACCACAUGGCCACCACUACAGAGUCGGUGCUUUUAGAAAAAACCCCCGCUUUUGCCUUUGACUACGUGUAUCAGCUGGAAAUACCCAGCGAUAUGAGCAGCGACAUUCUAACUGACCUGGGGAGCAACUAUGAAUUUAGCAAUUUUCCAGAAAUGUCAGCGCUUCGUUUGUGCGUCGGCCCCUUUAGGCUUCGGGUAUGUUCAGGGUUAAUCCAUCGAUGCAGCACCUUGCAAGUUGCGGCUUCUUUUUACGAUUACCCGCCUUACUACACGCCCAAACCCGAUCUGGCCCUCCUAGAACUACUGCCGCCUUCAGAGGAGGACUUUGAUGCCUUGAACGACUUUAUCCCUAGCAGGACUAUGCGGGUUACGUUCUUUGCUCCUGUGAUCGAGCUUGAGCUGUUGGAUCAUCCAGUUUUCCGCCCGGAUAAGAGAUGCUUGUUUAGGAGAAAUAAGAAAUCUUCCACCACGGGUAUGCCAACGAGCAGAUCAGCGCUGCCAAAACUUACCCUUGAGUGCCAGUUUAUUGAUAUUAGCCAACAAUAUCCGAUGUAUGUGAACAGACUGGUUCACACCACUUGCCAGCUACCGGAGCCUCCCAAAAAACUGUUUGAAGCCUGCUUUAUUCGGAAAAGCGUUAAAGUUGUGGGGCUGUUUAGCCGGUUGGUCACGAAUCCUUCCUGCCAGAGUAUCAUUUUAUCACCCAGCAGUGUAUCAUACGGCUCCAAAACCAUCCUGAAGCCGCAAUACUGGAUAAAUUCCCACAUACCGCAUAGCGAGAUCAUUUUCGAGAGUGAGAACAUCACUUUAAACGGCACCAAGGCGAAGAUGCUGGUGGCGAUUGAAAUAGUGGGAAAAAUCCUGAGUAAGGGUCUAAAUUCGUUGGGUGAAAGCAUCUACGGCUCCAGCUUGCUGACUGAUGCAUGCAAAGACGUUGGUUUUGCGUAUAUGGAAAUUUGCUUCGACGGAAUACGCUUUAAGAAUGUGGUAACAAACUCCACUCAAACCAUGGACGCAAGCAUAGGCGCAGUCAAAGGCUUUAUUUUCGAGCCCACUAAGACUCAGAAUAUGCUUCAGCAAGUGCUGUUCAUUAGCGGCCCCGAAGUGAAGCUGGACCCCAAAAGUUCAAGUUUUGCUGAAGAUCCGCCGCUUCUCACAGUGACAGUGCAAUUUCCCUUGCGGCCCGAGUUGCAGAAGCAUCCUCCUAUCCUGGUGUUUAAUCUGCAAGAGAUCCGCAUUUGUGUUGAUCCGCUGUUAUGCAAAUGGCUGAUGUACGUUCCCAAGAGUUUCCUCUUAAGUGAUAUCAGCGACCCGAUUUCCCUGUCAAGAGCAGUCAGCUUUUCCGAAGCUAGUGGGAGUUUAAUGGAGGCGCCCAGGAGACUGAGCACUAACAAGUUAGAGUCCGUCCAUAGCAGCUCGGAUCAGAAGGUUUCUCCGAAAGUUCCCGAUUCCGCACCGACAGAGGAGCCUGUUGACCUUCAAGAAAAAGUCUACAACGCACUGCGGGAAUGGUUUGAUGUUUGGAAAGGCAUGUUUUUGGCGGGCGAUGUGUCGCAAUGCACCAUCUACUUCCCCAUGUCUUCUCUAUCUGCUAUUGGCUCGCAGGGCAUCCAAGAGGCGGUUGAACAGGCGCUUUGGAAAAUCACACCUCCCGAUAUUCUGGUAAUCACUCUGCCGUUUGCCAACAUUAGAAGCUCGCAGCGGCAGAACAUUAGCAACUACUUAAAGGAGCUGCCGGUUACUUUACCCGAGGGCAUUUGGGCGUUAGAUAAGUCGAGUUUUCCCUGGACAAUGUCCGUGUCCGAACUGAGCUGCUACACUUUGCAAUCCGGGGAAAAGCUGAUUUUCCUUAAGCCAGUGUCUUUAAGUGCCACAGUCGGCCUGUCCACCAGGCCCUCAAAGGGGCCGCUUGUAUCUGUUGCUCCGACGAUUUCUACUGGAAAUGCUUUAAAGAAAACUGCUUCGGCUCAUCCAAGCGAUCAAAAGCGCAAAGGCUCAAAAAACAGCAAUCUGAGCGGCGCCAGCAGCUCCAAUGCCCAAUAUGGGAAAAGCAAUGCGAGCAGCACUACCAACAGCCCGGCGAAAAAGGCGCAGAAAAACCUCGACCAGUCUAAGACGAGUCCCAAAUCGGCGCCGCCCCGUAAAGUUGAUAUCGGCUAUUUGGGUGUUUGCGUCCAUAUAGAUACCACCCCAAUAGCAAUUUCCACUUCGGAGGUGCAGGUUUAUUUAUUUGCCAGCAUUUUGUACGGACUGAUGGAAGUGGCUUCAAGUCUAGUCCCUGCGAGCAAAGCUGCGAUGUCCAGCAAACUGGCGGACGUGCCUGCUCCCACACAGACUAGAGGAAGUUCCACCUUGUCGCCAACUCAACUAAGGGAUACUGCUAGCGACAAAACCCCGCCGCUUGGAAGCAGCAGCAGCCCAGAAGAUCUACCAGAAGCGGAUUCAGUAAAGCUAACUGCCUGGAUCCAGUGGACGAUUACACGCUUUACCAUUGAGCUACUAUCAAGCGAAUUCAACGGAUUGGCGGCCCUCCAAGCCCAACCCCGUUUAAAGCUGGUAGUCGACGCCGAGGACAUUGUCAGUUCGCUGGAUUUCCAGAGCAUCUAUCUGAAAGUCAAAAGCAAAAUUGGAUCCGCUUCUAUUCAGCAUUACGAAAGGAUGAGCCCCGCUUCGAAAUGGCAGCCGGGCGCGUUUUCCGGAAUUGUGAUGCGAUUGAGGGAGGAUUUGGCGGCGAAUCAGAAGCAGGAGGACAGUAGUUUGAUUAGCGUUACUAUAACCAGGGCUAGUUGCCAGCACACCCAUACGCUUUGGGGCGCUGUUCAGAAGAAUAGUAAAGAUAAAAAGUCUGACGCCAACACGCAACUACUUUCAAAGUCGCGUUACAUUACGGAAAUCGUCGUCAAUGUACAGCCCCUGGAUUUCGUUGUGUCUCUCAGCACCCUGAGGAGUUUCUAUCUGGUGUUGAUUCCGUUAUUGAACAUUCCUGCCAAUGCCCCAGAGCCGCGCAAACCCGACGUUUCUUCCAUGGGUGGCCUGUCGACCAUCAACAACCAAACACUGCCUUUGGCUUAUUUGGAUUGCCAAGACAUCAGGGUGAUAAUGCCCUCGAAGGACUUGAUAGGCAGUGGCACUUUCUACGAUACAGUGGUGUUUCAGUUGCAGAAGAUUUCCCUAAACCCGCAGGCGGUAAAUCCCAUUUGCCGCACCCCAAUUCGUUCGGAUAUUUACGAUCAGGCUGCUCACGCGCGGAUUUUGAAUAUUCCAGGCAGUGAAGUCGAAGACCGGCAAUACCAGCUGGAUAUAGUAGGAAUUUCCGUGUGUACUGGCACUUGGGACGAUAUUAACGCAAUUUUAAUACCGACGAGUAACUUUCUGUCAAGCUUAAGGGGAUUGAGCGAGAAUCCUGCAUUGGAAUGGAACAUUUUGGAGCAGGGCCAACCCAACAUGACGCCCACUUUGAGCUUGAGAUGUAUAGUGGAAAAUGUUCACAUCACAGUGGUGGCCGCUCCUGCAAUGGUCUACAAGGACAACACAACUUUAUGCGGUCAUUCAAUGGAAAUCAACUGGGUGUCCGAUACUCUGAUGAGCCUUUCACUGCAGCAGAUCAAGCUGCUUUCGGCGAUUUUCACCGAAUUCGUGCAGCUAAUCACGCCGUUUAUUAUGGAGGAUGGCGUUUUGAAGAAGCCCAAGAUCAAAUUUCCUUAUUCGAGGUUUGACUCUGUUACACCCGAUAGGAAUUCUAGCAGCGACCUGCCCGCUAAUCAGAGCAGGGAUUCCGGGAUAGAUACGUCUGACUUGAAGAGUGUUCAGUCGUCUAAGGGACAGGUUGCAAUAAAGCAGGCUUCCGAUAGCGACAAGCAGCUAGUUUUUCCACGACCCCCAAACACUGUACCGUAUAUUUACUCAUCCGUACCCAUCGAAGUUAUUCUGACUGCAGGAAAAAUCGGGUUAACCCUCUACAGUGUGGACGAUGAACGCACUACCAACAGCAGGCACAAAGGACGCAAGAAGAAAAUAUCCAAGAAGUCUGAUGACGAUCAAGGAUAUGAAGCCUCAGAGGAAAGCACCGAUGACCGCGGCCACCCUUCCAAGAAAUACACUGCUUUGCUUCAUCUCUGCUUCACUCAACCGAAUGCGUUUUAUUCUCAACAGCAAGCGGGCAGAAAACUGCAGAUUUCCUGUUUCGAUGUCAAUCUGAAACUAAGCGGCCCUGAAUAUUCAGCAAUCAAUCGCAUUCCUACCGAGCAGGACUUUCCUACAAACUUGCUGGAAACUAAGCCGGGAACGCCCAACACAAGCAACGGCAUUUUGCCGGCCUUUUUUACGAUGCGUUUUUCUAAAGCAGUGGGGAAACAUUCCAAGAUCGAACUGGAUAUAUUAAAGCCGUCUAAGAUCCUGUGCCAAUCCUCCAAGUGGAGCCAUUUGAUUGGAAUAAGCAAUAAAGUGGUGGAUUCAUUUAAAAGCGGAGGAGGUUCAAGCAGUUUCAUGGCUUUGUUGCAAGCUGCACAGUCGACAGCGAAGAAACACGCAGCUGUGAAUACCAGAUAUAUUAAAGGCAACGACACUUUUAACAAGUUUCAGCACAUAAGGAAUAUCUUGGGAACAACGAACGCUGUCUCCUUAAAGUUCGACCAAUUGAUUCUGGCAAUACAGUCAGACAGCGGCCAUGAGGUUCACUUGGGAAUGCGCGAACUGAACAGUCAUCUGCUGUUGAGCAGCAGGCCAGAAAAGAUUUGUCUGACCACCACGUUCGACUGUCUAACGUUGACGGUGAUUCAUGACGAUUUUAAGAAGCUUUUGCUCAAUCCCUGGACCAUCACGGUAGAAGCGAGCGUUUUCUGGGAAUCCUGGCAGGAUCCCGACAGCAAUCCACAAGUGCAAAUCAGUGCGGAAAGCGACUGCAUUUUAGUGGACGUUACAGCUGAACAGCUCCAGUGUCUGGAAAUGGUUUUGAAGGAUUUUAAUGAGGGUUUUUCUUUCCUGCCGACCGCGAGCCCGGCAGGCCAAAGGGAGGAAAGCCAACCCAAAGCGGCUGAAAAGGAUCAGCACUAUAAGGACGAUCUACGCGCUGGUGCUUUUCAGUUCGUGGACUGCAGUACGGAUAAUAUGGACGAAAUGCCUUUGCCCUAUCAGGUGAUGUUCUGGACGAGAACAGUCUGUGCAAUGGCUUGGAAAUACCCACAGCCCAGGGCGCUGACAAAAGUGCGCGUUUUCCCAGUCCCGUACAAAAUGGUGCUCAAUCCGCAAGACAAUAUUGCCGUGUUGUGCCAUCUGGAGUACUGGUCUGAGUAUCGCAACUGCUACAUGCCUUACACGCAAUUCAGUCUAUCGGAAAGCGAAGUGUGCCACUUACGCUUGCCCGAAGGAUGCCCACAGAAGGUAGUCGCUAGCACGUGGAGGGUUGUUAUAACUAACGUUGACGAAUCCACUGAAGAGCCGAUUCCAAAUAAACGCGGAAUAUCCCCGCGAGCUUUGGCUGCUUGCAUGAGGAUCGACUCCUACUUUAACAAGCUGCUGAUUCCCAACCUGAACAUCGCCCUGUACAUCACCAGGCUGGAGGUGUCGCUCUACAACUUUUUGCCGAAACACGCCAUGGUAAAGCUGCCCGAGUGCCUGAAAAAAUACAACUCCGACCUGGCGUUUCCGGAGGCGCAAAAGUUCCUAACACUCACGCUGGACAGUCUUAGUGCGUAUUUUUGCACUUGGAACAUGGACGUUUGGAUGGCCGAGCUGAACUGCUCCAUCCAUUCAACGAUUCUAGAUUAUGCCUACUUAACCGAACAGACAUUGAUUGAGCCGUUUACUUCUAAGCUGGAACUGUUCCUGUCCAAAGGCCUGCAGGGGAACUUUAUUUCCAAGCCCAUACAGCUGAAAUUUGGGCCGAGCAUAGCGCACACCUUAGCGAUAAGUUCUCAGAUCUGGACGCAAGGCUAUAUAAGCGACAAAAGACAGCUGGAUUUUAUCGUAACCAGCCGCUAUGUGAUAUGCAACGACACCAACUCUUGCAUCAGGUUCGGCCAAGAUGGCACGCAGGAAAACGUUUUCCUGCCCUCCAGGGUUUUCCAUUUGUAUUCGUGGAGAUCGCAGAAGAAACCGCAGCAGUUGAGACUGUCCUUGGAACGUUCUAAUUGGAGCUGGUCAAAACCGUUCAGGCUGUUCAAGGAAGGCACGCAAAUGAUCCAUUUUAGUUCCGACAGGAACUACACAGUAUUCGUCACAGUGAAGAAUGUGUCGAAGACCCAGAAGCAAAUCACCUUCUUUGGCCAGCUGAUUGUCUGCAACAUGUUGGCGGAACAUUUUGAGAUGAAGAUUAUGGAUGCCGCUACUGAUAACAAGGAGCAGGAGUUUAGGAACGCGCAAAUCCACAUUGUGGGGGGCAAAACGGCCGCCCCCAGUAUUUUCAUUAAUAACUCGCAAAACUACUACUUAAGGUUGAGGUUCUUCGGAUUGGAAUCGGCCUGGACGGGCGAUAUUCCUUUAAGGGAACAUGCCACAGGUUCCCAGCCCUGGUUGGUGAAGGUUCCCCUGCAGGAAAGAGGACAGUUCCUCUCGAUCUGGUGCCGCAUUUGCAUCCAGAAUUUCGGCAAGUCGAAGAGGAUACUGGCAAUGUUGUGGCCGCUGUUUAUGGUGAAGUCCAACCUGCCCAUGAGCGUCAAGGUUCAUAUGGAAACUCCCACGUUAGGCGUGCAUUUGGAUUCUGUAGUAAACGGCAAAGGCGAACUGCAACAGCUCUAUUGUCCUGGAACUGUUGAUCAUUCGCAUCAAAUUACUUUUCAACUGGACGAAGGAAAUCCCAGCAUGAAUGACCCGUACAUUCCACUUAACUACACCCUGGUGGACAAGGAGUUCUUCACAAAGUCCUCCAUGGAGGAGAUUGAGGUGAUUCUGGAAUCUUUGAAUCAUUGCUUCGAGUCCAAGUGGCCGUAUUUUGAGGACGAACUGGAACACAUCGAGUGGGUGAUGGGUUUUAGUCAACCGUUCACUCAUGUGCAAGUCAGUGUUUCUGUAAAUCCAAGGUAUCAAAAUGCCUGUCCCUACUCCUGUGCCCUUUUAGUGGAAGUGUUGCCUUGGUCCUUGAUUGCGAACUGUCUGGGUACUCCGGUGUCUUUGAUGUUGAAGGGCGUCGAGCUUUGCAGUGUUCAGCAUCACGCGAUUAUUGCACCCCCACGGUUGGAGGAUAACUUCCACUUGGGCAUAUUCACCGGCGGCACCUGGUUCUUUUCCGGCCCUUUGCAGCUGGCCAAGAGCGACUGGAGCCAGAGCUUUUACAUGCCGAAAAUUACAGGUACCAUUCCCUUGGAAGGGACUAUUAGGACGUGCAUUAAAUGCGACUUGGAUUUAUGCAUCAUUUCCCUCACUAGUUCAGUAAGGAACAACAUUCGAUUGCUCCGCUUCGCUUCCACCCACGUUUUGUCCAAUUACUUAAGCACCCAAGUGCAAGUGAUGUGUUUUGCUGUGCCCGAUGCACAGAAGGUGUGGGAUUUUCCAAAGCUGGCAGAAAGUCACUGUUUUUCCAUUGCGCCCCAUUCCGGCAAAAGCUGCUCCGGAAUCCCGAUCAGACAAUGGUUCAUGUUAAAUAGAGAAACCAGCUCGGACUACUUGCUUUACAUCGCCUUUUCCAUUGAUCCAGCGCUCGGUUGGUCUUGUCCCAUUCGGGUCGACAAGCCCUUAGUUCGAAUGGCUUUUUCCGUGCAGGCUAAGGAUUUGUCGAUUCCAGUGGUUUUAAUGGCGCAAGAAGUGAAAGGGCAGGUUUACUUGGCGUUGCACAAUGAUGUCAGGCCCCAGCUAUUCAUUGAAAAUUCGACAAAUGUGGCAUUUUACUGUGGAGAAACGCUGCCCGAUGAGAGUUCGGUUGUGGCUGAGUGCGAGCAUUUUCGGUGGAACUGCAGGAUUGCGCCCUUUUCCAGCGUCCACUACAGCACGCCAACGCUAUCCGGCAAGUUUCCAGAGCUGCCGCAAGUGUCCUUCGCUCAGAAGGUCUCAUUGGCUUACGUCUCUACGGAAGGGAGGAAUAUUGAAUGGUCAGCGGGCGUUAGCAUAGUUAACAAUAACGACCUCUUCAUUCGCGUGCCUCAUUACGGGGAUGUUAAGUUGACGAUCAUCAAUACAGCAUGCACCACCAUUUUGACCUUAGAGAGCGUUAGCCAGGUGGAGAUAAGUGCUAGAGACAUCAGAGUUCGGCUCUCUUUGCGGGAAACCGAAAAAACCACCUCACUUUACAAAGACUUUACUCCUCUGAGUGCAGAUGAUCACAGAAAUGUAAUGGCUGGCAGCAGUGGAUCUUCAGUUUCUAACAGCGAAAUGGUCCCGAUCAGUCAGUGGAAUCUGGAUAUUUCCAAGCGGAAAACUGAGGAUUCUUCUGCCCGGUUAUUGGCUGUUUCUUCCAAAGUGAAGGAUUUGCUAGUCAAGACUCUACCAUUGAAGGAAGGAUGGGAAAGCAUAGAGGCCACUGUCUAUGUGAAAAGCUUUGGAAUAACGCUGUUGACCGAUACGGAAGAAGACAGCGACGAGCGCUGGGAAUUGGCGAGUUUGAUUUGCGACGACGUUGUUGUAACUGCUAAGCAAACAGAGCAACUAACUGUCCAAAUUUCCCUUUCGGACAUUCAACUGGACAACCAGCUGUAUGCGAGACAGUCGUUUGAUUUUCCCGUGGUCCUCAUUGGACAAGAGAGAAGGGCUCGAAACCGGCUGAAUAUCCUGAGCACCCCAAUUGAGACGUUGUUGGCAAGCUGCCCUGAAAGUGCCUUGAUUAUCACCGAUCUGGUGUUGGACACUUGGGCGAAUAAAGCAGCUGGAAAAACUCAUACAGGUGUGAAAACCAUGAAAGUAACGAUUAAUCCAAUAUCAUGCUUCAUCGAGGACAUUUACCUAACAAGGCUGAACCAGUACAUGAAGGACUUAAAUAUCAUUCACCUGGUUAUAUGGCCCAGCCAGCAAAAACUCUUGCAAAUUGGUCCAAACUCCCGAUCUGUUUGCGUGCCAGAAUUGAUUGCCUGGCAAUCCGCCCUCUUGGCCAAGCCACUCACCAUCCGGACACUUGUAGUCAGCCCAGUCUCCCUUCUGCUAUCAGUGCACAGCUCUAUGAAGAUAUUCAUUGCUCUCGAUCAAAGCCCUUUGCAGUUCGGAAAGUUUGAAAGAAGACGCCUCUUUACAACCUCAUACAGACUUGGACACGCGCUGACCAUGCACUACUUAUCAGGAGCGAUUUUUGGAGCCGGCUGGGUGGUCAGUUCUUUGGAGCUUUUGGGAAGUCCUGGCGGAUUAGCCAGAGCGAUGGGAACGGGGUUGAGAGAUUUCCUCAGUUUGCCUUAUCGGGGCUUCGUUCAAGGGCCGAUGGCGUUCCUCAGGGGCAUCACCACAGGAUCAGCGUCCUUAAUGAGACAUGUGACGGCAGGGACGUUGCAGUCGGUGACCAAACUGGCCUCAAGUGUAGCCAGAAACCUGGAUAGACUGACUUUGGAUGGGGAACACCAAAGGCGAACGGAAGAGCAACGAAGACAGCGCCCUCAAGGCGUCGCCCAAGGGUUUAUGCAGGGCAUGACGAGCUUCGGAAUCAGUCUCCUAGGGGCAGUAGGAGGCAUUGCCCACCAUCCCCUGCAGUCGAUGAUGGCCCCUGGAGCUUCCCCUAGGUCCCUAGCGGCUGGUGUCGGCUUGGGAAUAGUCGGCGUCUUCACUAAGCCUCUGAGUGGGGCGGCUGAACUCCUCGCCCUCACUGGACAAGGGCUGCUUCAGGGUGCUGGCUGGAACUCGCUUCCAGACCCCAGGAAUCAUCCCCAAAUCCUUCACAUCUACCAGUCCAAUAAUUCCACACUAAAAUACUCGUGGAAACUGGCAGAAUUUUUCAAUUCGCAUAUGUUAUUUGUGACCGAAGCAAUCAGUGUUAGUCAAACGGCGGUUCAAGCGCAUGUCGCUUUAAUAUUGGCGAUUGACACAGUUGUGGUGGUGAACCUGGAAACCGAUGAAGUGGACAAGGUUCUUCCUUUGAGCGAAACCAGUUUGGUUCAUAACAGUGACCCAACGAUUUUGAGCCUGAAAUAUUUGCCAAAAACAGCUAAGAAAACGCUGGAAAAGCCCGAAGACGAGCUGGCUGUUAACAUGGACCCGGAAAUGCGAGCCCGAGUGGCUGAUUACGUGAAAAGCACCGUGGGACUGUUGAAUCCUCGCGACGAUGUUUCAGUGCAUUCGGGGAUCAGCAUUAGCCCGCUGUCAAGUCCUGGAAGUCUGGAUGAGGAGCAAACUGAAGGCAUUACGUUGCACUAUUAUAUCAACUCGGACACUUUGAAGUACUUCGUUUGUUUGCUCAACUUGGCCGCCCAACAACGGGACAAAUACCAUUUUUCAGUCCUCUAGUCCGGCUGAAGCCAAGAAGUGGAAGACUGGGAUUUUGAGGCAGGAGCGGUCGCUAUUUUGUACUCUUUGUAUAUUUUUGUUGUUGACAAUACAAGUUGGUUUCAAUGUA